GGGCAGCGACGGGGCAGCGACGGGGCAGCAUCAAGCACACGCACAGCACAUGUGCACUCAGUUGAGAGAACGGCACAGGGACAGGGUCUCCGCACUGCGCGCUGCGCACAUGCUACAGGUCUCCACUGUGACACGGUCAACUGGCUGCAGAGAGCAUGCACGCGAAAAUCUGACCUGCUUGCUGGUCGAAGCUUCUCGGAUAGACCUGCAUUUGCCCAUCGUCCAUCCACAUCUGCAUCUGCAUCAUCGUCGUCGUCAUCGUCUCAGUGCCCUGUCCCGCACAAGACAGAAAAAGAAGAAGAAGAAGAAGAAGAGAGCAGGAGCAGGAGCUGGAGCAGGAGCAGAAGCUGGAGCUGGAGCAGAAGCACGAGCACGAGCACGAGCAUAAGCAGCUGCCCUAUGAGGGGCCUCGUGAGAAGUCAACAUGCCUAACGGUGCCCCGAGCCCCCUGGGCGGGAGCAGCGACGGCGACGUGGACAUGGACACCGACACCCUCGUCAACGGCAACGACAACGACAACGACCGCGACGACGACACCACCACCACCACCCCGCGGCCCGAGCCCAUCAACGAGAAUGCCCCCGUCAACAUCAUGCCGCUGCUCACGAGGCACCAGCCCAAGUCGGAGCACCACGACGUGUGCAUCAUCGGCGCCGGGCCCGCCGGCCUCAUGCUCGGCCUGGUCCUCGCCCGCCUCGGCAUCAGACCGCUCAUCCUCGACGAGCGCUCCGACCAGACCCCCGUCGGCCGCGCCGACGGGCUGCAGCCCAAGACCAUCGAGACCCUGCGCAUGCUGGGCCUGGCCGACACGCUGCUCCAGCAGGCCGUCAAGAUCUACGACAUCACCAUGUGGCAGUCGCUGUCGUCGUCCGGCGACCACGAGCUGCGCCGCCUCGCCAGGGAGGUGCACUACCCGGCCUUCAUCGUCGACCUCGUCGACCCCUUCCUGCUCAUCGGCCACCAGGGCAUGGUCGAGAAGGUCUUUGUCGACGACCUCGCCAGGCGCGGCAUCUCGGUGCGCCGCUGCCACCGCCUCGACUCGGUCAGCGUCAAGGACGACGGCACCAUGGAGGUCAGGUCCGCCUUCAACGUCACCCGCGACCUGCGCGCCUUCGACACCACCUACCUCGUCGGCUGCGACGGCGCCCACUCGCGCGUGCGCAGGAUGAUCGUCGGGCCCUCCGACCCCUCCGCCAGGGACGACCCGGACGAGAUGUCCGUCUGGGGCGUCCUGGACGGCGAGGUCGACACCAACUUCCCCGACAUAUGGACCAAGUGCGUCGUCUUCUCCGAGCAGUACGGCAGCGUCCUCAUCAUCCCGCGCGAGAGGGACAUGACCCGCCUGUACAUCGAGAUGAGGCCCGACACCGACAUGGCCGCCGCCGACUCCAACCCGGCCCGCGUCCAGGCCGCCAUCAUGCGCCGCGCCGCCCAGAUCAUCGGGUCCGACGGCAAGGGCCAGUACCGCAUCCGCUGGAAGCGCGUCGAGUGGUUCGGCCAGUACCGCGUCUCGCAGCGCGUGGCCCCCAGGUUCUCCUGCCCCGUGCCCACCGCGCCAGAGGCCACGGCCAGACAGCAGACCCCGACCCCGGCCACCGUCAACCAAGCAGCAGCAGCAGCAGCAGCAAACACCGCCGCCGCCGCCGCCCAGGAGGAAGGAGAGGACGAGCACAGGAUCUUCAUCGCCGGCGACGCGGCGCACACGCACUCGCCCAAGGCGGCGCAGGGCAUGAACACGGCGCUGCACGACAGCUGGAACCUGGCGUGGAAGCUGAACCUGGCCAUCCGGGGCCUGGCGAAGCCCUCGGUCCUGCUCGAGUCGUACUCGUGGGAGCGCCAGAAGAUCGCCCGCGACCUGGUCGCCUUCGACUUCAAGCACGCCCAGGAGAUGUCGCGCGGCAACCCGGCCGCCCUCUUCGACAACUUCCGCAAGAACGUGCGCUUCAUCUCGGGCGUCGGCUGCGAGUACGCCCCCAACCCGCUCAACCUCGUGCCGCAGGGCUUCAGGGCCGACGGCCAGGACGGCGCCAAGGGCGGCGGCGCCGUGGACGACGCGGCCGCCGGCGCCGGCGUUCCGGGCCUGCCGCAGCUCGGCGCCAGGCCCGGGUGCACGCUGACCCCCGGCAAGGUGUCGCGGUACAUCGACGCCAACCCCGUCGACGUCCAGCUCGACAUACCCGUCCUGGGCCAGUUCAGGCUGUACUUCUUCAUCCCGGACAUCCUGUCGGCCUCGGCCGCCGCCUUCCUGGUCUCGCUGUGCGGCGCCAUCGCCGAGCCCGAGAGCCUCAUGAGCCGCCUGUCCGCGGCCGCCGGCAAGAGCUACCUCGAGCGGCCGCGGGUCCCCAGCCACGAGGACAUCUUCAAGCGGCCCGAGAGGUAUAUCGCCGUGAGCCAGUUGUUCGCCUUUGCGCUGAUCACAUCAACAUCAAAGCACCUCUUCGAAAUCUCAGACCUCCCCGCGAUCCUGGCCCGCUCCCCCUGGACAAUCUACCUGGACGACAGGCCGGACCUCGACACGCGCGGCCUGACCUGCACCGAGAAGUACCUGGGCGCCCCUCUGCAGGACGGCGAGGUCGCCAUCGUCAACGUCCGCCCGGACGGCUACGUCGGCGCCGUGCGGCGAUGGGACCUGAGCCCCGGCGGCGGGUCCGAGGACGCCAUCGAGACGGGCCGCGAGGCGGCGCGGUGGCUGGACACUUACUUUGACGGCUUCUUGCAGGUGCCUGAGGCUUGAUGAGGGCUGCGUCGGCGAGGUUGGCAUUGCUCGUACGUGCAUGGUCACAUUGCACCAAGACACUCGGCACGGGGAACCGAACGGAGUAGGGGAACUGUCGCUGGUCAACAGUCAUGGAGACUGGGAACUUCACUCCGUCAACAGCAUAAAGUAUGAUAAUAGACUCAAAAUUAGCUCC